AUGCGCUCAGAAGCCUUGGAAAUGAACAGGAGACAAAAAAAGAAGAGAAAGAAGAACAAAAAGAAAAGCCAGGAUAAUGAAGGUGAAACUAAUGUGAAUCAAACUGUUUCUGCCAAGGAAGCCCAAAAUGUAUCAACCUUGGACUCAGAUAAGCAAACUAAUGCAAAGUCAUCUAAAGUGAGACCAUUUGCUAAUGGUUUGGUCGUUGAAGAACUGUCAAUGGGCAAACCAGAUGGUAAAAAAGCUCAACCAGGAAAGCAAGUCAGUGUCCACUACAUUGGCAAGCUAAAGAAGAAUGGUAAACAGUUCAACUCAAACGUGGGAAGAGCACCAUUUAAGUUCCGCCUAGAUACAACUAUUUUUGAGCGACAACUUACGUAA